AGACGAGACGGGAAGAGUUCCACAACCCCUUGCAGCGCCAAGAUUGACAUGUGGGUCUCGCUGACCAUCGAGUUGAGCGUCCAUGCUUGGCCUUCGAUUCCAGACAUGUUCCAGGCUGGAGCAUCUCCAGGGCAUCAGUAUUCUCAAACCGUGCAACUCCCAUCGACCAUCACGCUGCCUCAAAUACCACCAACAUAAUAACAAGAUGGCCGAUAAACUCCGCAACCAACAGGAACUCGAGCGGCUCCAGGCCAAGUUCAUCGGCACCGGACACCCGGACACGACGAGCUGGGAGUGGAAGACCAACAUCCACCGCGAUACAUACUCGAGCAUCGCCGGCCACCCGCCACUGCUAUCCUACAUUGCGCUGGCAGAGAACGAGCCGGUCGCCAAAGUGCGCGUGCAAAUGAUCCGGAAAAUGCUCCAGCCGGCCGGGCCUCCGCCGCCUCGCGAAGGCGAAGAAGCGUUUGUGGCGCCGCGACAAGAGGAAUCAUGAAGCCCGACAACGUCGACCAGACAAGGAUGUUUACAAAAGAGACAAGCAAAAGGACGCGCGGGGGGGGAGGGUACGCCGUGAAUACGCGGUCAUCGAGCAGGCCGGCAGCAGGGCACGCCC